AUGGCUGCUCGGCUUCGCGGCUACACGGCUGCUCGGCUUCGCGGCUACACGGCUGCUCGGCUUUGCGGCUACUCUGCUGAUCGGCUGCGCUGGCACCUGUUCAGCUGCGGGAAGGGGAGGGGAAAGGGGGUAGAAGUGCUGGUGCGGGGCGAGGGGCGGCAGCUCAAAGGUGCUCUCGCCUACCCCUUGGGUGCUCUCGCCUACCCCUCGGGUGCUCUCGCCUACCCCUCGGGUGCUCUCGCCUACCCCUCAGGUGCUCUCGCCUACCCCUCAGGUGCUCUCGCCUACCCCUCGGGUGCUCUCGCCUACCCCUCGGGUGCUCUCGCCUACCCCUCGGGUGCUCUCGCCUACCCCUCAGGUGCUCUCGCCUACCCCUCAGGUGCUCUCGCCUACCCCUCGGGUGCUCCGACUAUCGUGGUGCAGCACCUGCGAUUGCUGGGCGAGACAGACUGCACUCUGCACCACUCCCAGGUGCGAGCACAGGCAGGUGCGAGCACAGGCAGUGGUGCUCUUGCCACAGCUCAUCUCCUCCCAUCUGUCACUCACUCGCCUUUCGCACUCACUGGUCCCCCUUCCCUGCGAACUCCUCUCGCUUCCCACAUACUACUCCCCCUUCCCUCAUUCACUCCACGCAUUCUCUCACUCUCCACUCAUUGCCCCCCACCCGUCCGCUCAGCCGUUGCCCGUGACACGGCGCUGGCAGCAGCAGCCAUCUACGCGCACAUGUUCCCCCGCCUGCCCUCCUCCGCACACGCUCAUUCACCACCAGACCUUGCUCCUGGUGUAGAGGCGAGGGGGGACGAACAACAAGGGAGGGAUGAAGAUGGGGUUGUUGCAACAUUUCAGGUUCUCUGGUUCCUCACGCCUUGUCAUUUCAUCAGCCAUGCCACAACAACUCAACCCUUUGGCUUCGUUUUCAAUGCAGCUGUUCAUUCAGAAUUCUCAACAUGCCCAUCUCUCCCCUCCCACAUGCACUCUCCCCCAACCCCACUCUCCUUUCAGAGCUUACCUGCCUUCCUGCGAGGUGAUUCUUCAAUGCUCAAGUAUUCCAACCUCCACCCCCCCACCCCCUCCCCCCCACACUACGUGCAGGUCAUCUUCAUGGCGGGCUGGGCGCCGCACGAGUCGCAGCAGAGGGCUCGCCCUCGUGGAUCCGCGGCCGUGUCUCUGCACGCCCUGCACCACUCCCUGCCGGCCUACCCGUGA